AUGUCGGAUUUAAACAGCGAAUAUCUUAAAGCGGAAAGCGGAAGACCGUUUCUACCAGAAGAAAAUGAAGAAUUUGUCAAGCUUUUUAAUGAGCAGAAAUUCAGACCUAGAACGGCUAUUUUAAAAGUCUGGUUUAAAUAUCCUACCAACAUGUUCUUCCAACCCAUACCAGCUAAAGAUAUAAUUACUUUUACAAACAGAGAAGAAGGAUAUAUCUUACCCACACAUCUAUGGAGUGAAGCAAGUUUAAAAGACAACUUCGAUUCACAUAUUAAAAGCUAUCAUAAAGUAAAUGAGACUCAAUAUAUCGUUGAGAGAGAAGAAGAAGAAAAAGAAAUAUCUGAAACUAAAUCUACUACACGACUAACACCUAGUCAUUUGGGAUCAUUUGUUUUAUCUCACAGAAAGAAAGUAAUGAAUAAUUUCAUUCACGUAAUAGAUGGAUUUUAUAAACCUGAAAUAUACUAUACGGAUACCGAUAGUUUAUACAUUUCAUCUAGCAAUUGGGAAAAAUUAAAUGAAGCUGGGUUGGUGUCCGAAAAUGAUUAUACUAAAGGAAAGAAUGAUUACGGUGAUGGUGGAAUCAUAUUUGGUUUAUAUUUAGCGCCAAAAAUCAAAUAUAAUAUCAUUCUAACUUCCGACGGUAUUUUAAAAGAAAAGAAAACGUUUAAGGGUUAUUCUAAGGAUAAGAUAAGUGUAGAAGAUUUUAAUCAAUUAGCUAGUGGGCAUGAUGUGAUGAAUGAAUUUAAGAAAAAAAUGGGAAAAAAGUUUCACAAAUGGAAUAGUUAUUCCAUAGGAUGA